AAUGCGGUGUGUGGAAUGUCAACAACAUCCCCCUGCAAUUACGUAAUGUUGCUAGCUAGCUAGGUGGCUAGCUUUGGCUGGGUUUGGGAUGUUACGGUGUGCCAUAUCUCCGGCGAAAUUGACUUUCGAGGGCCGCAAUUGAGCUAACUAGCGCUAGCUGGCUAGCUAGCGUUAGUGGUGCAGGGUUUCGCUAGCAAACGGUUAUUUAGCAUGCUGCUGUCCACCAGCAGCGGUUUAUUCUCCCGCUAGCUGCGGUCCCUUCCCCGGAGGCAAUCUGGCGGCCCUUCGGCUAGAGGCGGAGGAGAAGGAACUGGGGGCCAUGGCCUGGGUGCUGAAGAUGGACGAUGCCACCAUCGAGUCAGGGCUGGUACACGACUUCGAUGCCAGUCUUUCGGGCAUCGGGCAGGAGCUGGGGGCUGGCGCAUACAGUAUGAGUGAUGUGCUGGCCCUGCCAAUCUUUAAACAGGAGGACUCUAGUCUUCCUUCAGACUGUGAGAGCAGCAGUCUCAACCCUCCCUUCCAGUACGUUCUCUGUGCUGCCACCUCCCCUGCUGUCAAACUACACGAUGAGACACUCACCUACCUGAACCAAGGCCAGUCUUAUGAGAUCCGUAUGCUGGACAACCGAAAGCUGGCCGAGUUACCAGAGAUUAACAACAAAAGUGUCAAGAGCAUCGUUAGGGUGGUGUUUCAUGACAGAAGACUCCAGUACACAGAGCACCAGCAACUGGAGGGGUGGAAAUGGAAUCGCCCUGGAGACCGUCUCCUAGAUAUCGACAUCCCCCUGUCAGUGGGUAUUGUGGAGGCGAAGGCCAACCCCGCUCAGCUCAACGCUGCCGAAUUCCUCUGGGACCUCAACAAGAGAGCCUCCGUGUUUGUGCAGGUUCACUGCAUCAGUACAGAGUUCACCCCUAGAAAGCAUGGAGGAGAGAAGGGAGUUCCCUUCAGGAUCCAGAUCGACACCUUCAGGCAGGGAGACAACGGAGAGUACACUGAACACCUCCACUCUGCCUCCUGCCAAAUCAAAGUCUUCAAGCCAAAGGGGGCAGACAGGAAACAGAAGACUGACAGAGAGAAGAUGGAGAAACGAACGUCUCAGGAAAAGGAGAAGUACCAGCCCUCCUACGACACAACCAUACUAUCAGAGAUGAGGCUGGAGCCCAUCAUAGAGGAGGCAGGAGACUAUGAGCUGAAGAAGUCCAGCAAGCGGACGCUGCCGGCUGACUGUGGGGACUCGCUGGCCAAGAGAGGCACUUGUUCUCCGUGGCCUGAUGCCUACAUCAGCUCUCCCCAGACAGCUGGCCCCUCUUUCUCCUCCACACCGCUCUCCACAUACACUGCCUCCUCUGUACCUGACAGUGGCCCCUCGUCGCCCAAUCACCAGACAGACCCUGUCAGCCAAGUCGUCACAGAGCAGCUCAGUCCUACGGCUACCAUCAAGGAGGCUCAGAAGUGGCUUGUCAAGAACCGCUUCAACACAUAUGCACGACUCUUCUCCCACUUCUCAGGUUGUGACUUAAUGAAGUUGACCCGGGAUGACCUGGUUCAGAUCUGUGGAGCUGCUGAUGGAAUCAGACUCUUCUACACACUCAGAUCCAGGUCUGUGCGUCCCAGGUUGACCAUCUAUGUGUGUCAGGAGGGUGAUGUGGAGAGCCCCCUGCUGGAGAGACGCUGCGACAGCGAGAACGGAGAGCACAGUGACUCACCUAAUUUAUAUGUGUACCAUGCUCUAUACCUGGAGGAGCUGACGGCUGCUGAGUUGAUCAGGAAGAUGGCGUGUGUGUGUAGUGUUCCACUGGGACAGAUCAACCAGGUCUACCGACAAGGACCCACAGGAAUACACAUACUGCUGAGUGACCAGGUGGUUUAUAACUUACCUGAUGAGAGCUGCUUUCUCAUUGGCACACUCAAAGAUGAAACGGGGGAGGGGCUCCACCUGGUUUUGAAGUAGCGAUGGAGGAUGAGAGCGUGAUGACAUCACUGAACUCCUCCCUCUGUGAAUAGCAGAGCAGUCUCCCUCCCUCCCUCUCUCUCUCUCCUAUCGUUCAGAUUGCUAUGUGUAAGGCAGAAGGACAGAGGGACUGAACUGAAGCCAUGUUAACGUUAGAAUCUGACGCGGGUGUGACCACUGUUUCAUAUUGAAAACACUAUUACUGAGGGGGAGAGAGGGGGAGGCUUGUGGCGUGUUUUAUUCUCUCCAUUUCUUUAUAGUUUUAUAAGUGGGGAGGGGUAGGCUGCCCCCCACAGAGAGGCUCAUAGAGGCAAUGCUUUAGGCUUCAGCCAGGGCUAGGCCAGUAGUCAGUGCUGUAAUGCCAUGUGACUUGAACAUACAGAUUGAUGGACAGACAGACGGACCCCAGACGUUUGAUCUCAUUUGCUUUGACUGAGACUCGACCACUUCCACGGAAGCAGAGCUGGCAACUAAUAAACUCAAACAGAACAAACUGUCUAGAACAUGUCAGUCAUUCCUCUGAGGGCCAAAUGUCUGCAGAUUUUUGCUCCACCCUUGUACUUUAUUGGUGAAUUAAGGUCAGUAAUUAGUAAGUAACUUCCCUCACCUGGUUGUCUAGGUCUUAAUUGAAAGGAAAAACCUGCAGACACUCGGCCCUCCCAGGAAUUAGUUUGACGCUGAUCUUGAACAACAGUCUCUGUGUGGUUGUGUAUAUUGUGUAGAACACAGUAGUCUAGAUAUGAACGUUCUAGAUCUGUUCCCAGACAUUCUAGAACUAGUGAGGAUGGGGGUCCUCUUAGCCAAUCAAGUCAAGAUUUGACUGUUAGGGGUGUUAGCAUUCUGUUAGCCAGUGUCCAACAGGGCCUGUUCAUGUAUCAUAUGAACUAAGUCUGAUACCAUAAUAUACAGCCUGCUUUCAUAGACUAGACACAGUAAAUGUAAAUCCGGGACACUCAAAUUAGUAUGAUACACGACAUGACCAAAAGUAUGUGGACACCCGCUCGUCAAACAUCUCAUUCCAAAAUCAUGGGCAUUUAAUAUUGAGUUGUCCCCACCCCCCUUGCUGCAAUAACAGUCUCAACUCUUCUGGGAAGGCUUUCUCCUAGAUGUUGGAAUAUUUCUGCAGGGACUUGCUUCCAUUCAGCCACGAGCAUUAGUCAGGACAGGCACUGAUAUUGGGCUAUUAGGCCUGGCUCUCAGUCUGCCUUUCAAUUCAUCCCAAAGGUGUUCGAUGUGGUUGAGGUCAGGGCUCUGUGCAGACCAGUGAAGUUCUUCCACACCGAUCUCGAUAAACCAUUUCUUUAUGGAGCUCUUUGUUCACGGGGGCCACAAAGUUGGAAGCACAGAGUCGUCUAGAAUGUCAUUUAUGCUGUAGCAUUAAGAUUUCCCUUCAUUGGAACUAAGGGGCCUAGACCGAACCAUAAACUGUCCCAGACCAUUAUUCCUCCUCCAUCAAACUUUACAGUUGGCACUAUGCAUCGGGGCAGGUAGCGUUCUCCUGGCAUCCGCCAACCUCAGAUUCGUCCGUCGGACUGGCAGAUGGUGAAGCGUGAUUCAUCACUCCAGAGAACGCGUUUCCAUUGCUCCAGAGUUCAAUGGCGGUGAGCUUUACACCAAUCCAGCCAACGCUUGGCAUUCCUCAUAGUGAUCUUAGGCUUGUGUGUGGCAGCUCGUGGUCCUUCUGUAGCACAGUUGGUAGAGCAUGGCGCUUGUAACGCAAGGGUAGUGGGUUCGAUUCCCGGGACCACCCAUACGUAGAAUGUAUGCACACAUGACUGUAAGUCGCUUUGGAUAAAAGCGUCUGCUAAAUGGCAUAUAUUUAGCUCGGCCAUGGAAAACCAUUUAAUGAAGCUCCCAAUGAACAGUUCUUGUGCUGACGUUGCUUCCAAAGGCAAUUUUAAACUCUGUAGUGAGUGUUGCAACCGAGGACAGACUAUUUUUAGUGAUCCCGUUCUGUAAGUUUGUGGCCUACCACUUUGCGGCUGAGCCGUUGUUGCUUUUAGACGUUUCCACUUCACAAUAACAGCACCUACAGUUGACCGGGGCAGCUCUAGCAGGGCAUACAUUUGAUGAACAGACCUGUUGGAGAGGUGGCAUCCUAUGACUGUGUCACGUUGAGUCACUGACAUUCUACUUCCAAUGUUUGUCUAUGGAGAUUGCAUGGCGGUGUGCUCGAUUUUAUACAUUUGUCAGCAACGGGUGUGUCUGAAAUAACCAAAUCCACUCAUUUGAAGGGAUGUCCACAUACUUCUGUAUAUAUAGUGUAUGUUAUGUUUGGUACGGUUACAUUAGACCAAAGGUUACCUAAAGCAAAAAUGAAAGGAGCGUGUUCAAAUAUCAUCACGGACAACUUCAGCAUUUUAGCCAAUUAGCAACUUUGCAACUACUUAGUACUUUUUUAGCUGAUUUGCAGCUACUUAGCAUGUUAGCUAACUCUUGCCUUAACUCUUUAACCCACCUCCUAACCUUAACCCCCAAACCUAACCCCGAACCUAAAUAUCGUUAGCAAACUAGCUAAUGUUAACCACCCUUAGAUGUCAGUGGUGGGAAAAGUACAAAAUAUCCAUACUUGAGUAAAAGUAUAGAUACCUCAAUAGAAAGUUACUUAAGUGAGUCAGACUGUAUAAUACUACUUGACUAAAAGUCUAAAACUAUUUGGUUUUAAAUAUACAUAAUUUAUCAUUCCUUACAUUAAGCAAAGCAGACAGCACCAUUUUCUUGUUAUUUAAAUGUAUGGAUAGCCAGGGGCACACUGAAUUUGACAAUUUUCCUGUCCUGCUUAGCAUUCCAAAUGUAAUGAGUACUUUUGGUUGUCAGGGAAAAUUUAUGGAGUAAAAAGUACAAUAUUUUCUUUAGGAAUAUAGUAAAGUAAAAGUUGUCAAAUAUAAAUAGUGAAGUACAAAUAUCCCAAAAUACUACUUAAGUAAAAAUACUUUGAAGUACUACUUAACAUUAGCCAGUGGUGUAAAGUACUUAACUACAACAAAUUGGAAUUCUUAACAUAUUGUACAUUUUGAAAAGUACAAAUUGCAAAUCGUAACAUAAGAAAUGGAUGAUGGACAUCCACAAAUUAGUGCUUAUCAUAAGAAACAUUACAUUAUUUUAUUUAAGUAGGCAAGUCGGUUAAGAACAAAUUCUUAUUUACUAAGACGGCCAAACCCGGACGACGCUGGGCCAAUUGUGCACCACCCUAUGGGACUCCCAAUCACGGCCGGUUGUGAUACUAAAUUAAGUGUCUUGGAUUUACGUACAGAUUAAUACUGAGACCACGUUGCAAUAUACCCCAGCCUAUUUCAGAGCAGGACAGAGGAUUUCCACUGGAGACCAAGCCUGUCUAAGCAUCAUACUUGUUUCACCCCACUCAAGUCUCUUAAAUUACAUAUUUCAUAUUUUUACUGUGUCUUUUAAUGUUUUUAGUUUGUCUUUUGAUGAUGGUAGUUUCUUUGUUUGUCUGUUGUGUAAGAUAAUGUGUCUCUGAUGCCAUGCUUCUCACUGUUCGCUAGGCUUCGUUUUAUUUUUCUCACACACUACCCUACAUGUUUAUUUGGACAGUGAAGCUAAAACUUUUGAUUUGGCUCUGUACACCUGGAUGUGAGUUCAAAUGUUUUGUUGAGGAGACAGUACAGAUUGUUGCCUUAUAUUUGAGGGUAAUUUCAUACGUAUUUUACCAUUUAGAAAUUAAUGCACUUUACGUAUCUAGAUGCACAAAGAUCAUAUCCCCAAAUCAUGCAUACCUCUCACCAUUACCAAUCACAGGAGGGUAUAAUUUUGUUUGGGGGGGGGGGUUAUUGAUAUUUAAGCCUCUAACUUCCUCACUCAUCAUUAUUCAUGAUUAUCUGUAAUAAUGGUAGCAUCCACAUUAAUCUAGAUGUGUUCAGAAACAUUAUUUGCAAUAAAUGUGACUCCAAAAUGACAAUACUUUAUUUACCACUCAUUUCUACUGGGCACAAAAUAAUCCAAAACACAACCAAAACAAACUGAAAGUGCAUCCAACAAGUUUGUAGAGUCACAAGCUUGAUGUAGGCAUUGCGUGAUAGGAAUAUGGGGCCAAAUACUAAACUGUUGUUUAAAUUGAAUACACUAUAUUUCUAUUUGUCCAAAUACUUAUAACAUCUUCAAUUGGGGGGGACUAGGUACAUAGCACUUUCAUUUUUAUAUGGUAAAACAGAUAUGUAUGAAAAUACCCUCAAAUAAAAGGUGAAAUUCUAUACUGUCACCUCAAACAUUUGAUCUCAAGUUCAAAAUGCUGGAAUAUAGAGCCAAAUUAAAAGGUUUAGCUUCACUGUCCAAAUAAAUAUUUAGGGGGUGGACACACUGACUAUACUCAGACUAUUGACAUGAAGGAGAGGGGCAAGGCUUAAAUAAACUCACUAUGAAAUGGACCAAAUUGAUUUGGGAAGAAGGCUAUGUUAGAACAGGUGUGUCUGGUAGUGAAACCAGGGGUGUAUCCAAGGUGUAGCCUUCCUUCACCCCUGACAGGAUGGGCUGGAAACCCUGUAUGUGUUCUUAGCUCUGUCACUGGCUGUAUAGUUAGUCGUUGACUGCAGGCAGUGGAAACUGUGGCUGUGUGAGUAUGUGUGCAUGUGUUUCUUCCCCUACCCCACAGCAAUUAUUGCCAAGGCUAAUUUAGUUUAAUUUCAGUUAUCACUGCUUUCCCACUUGGCAUGAACCCUGCUUAGUUUGCCUUUUAGUAAAGAGCAUGAGUUGGGCGGAGGAGAGUGAGGUUGUUUUUUUUGUUCUAAAAGGUGUAGCCCAGUCGUCCCUAUUUUCUCCCCCAGAAAUAAAAGACCAAGUCUGCACUGAAAACCACAUAAGUUCAACUUGAUGUAGUGUGUUGUUUGUGAACCACGCCCUUCACGAAACCUGGGAGAAAUAAAGUGAAUAUUAUUAAUAAUGUUGAAGUGAAACUGAACAUCACCUCCAUUGUGUGUCACCUACUUCAACAACACCAGAGACUGAGGAGCACAGGGGCCUGUUCAGGAUGGUGCAUCAUCACAGAACGUUAAGAUAGAAAUGUAUGGUGUUGAACAGAUAUGAUCGUCUGUCAGAUAAAAUAGGGAUUCAUGUAAGCUCUAUUCAUUCUAUUUUUUAUCUGCAACAUUCAGAACACCCCAGCUCUACAGACCUUGGUCAAACACAGAAUGCGGGGAGCCUUUCACACAGAAAUUGAUGUGUAAAAAAUGUGUAAUACAGUGAUACCUGUCCUAGUUCUAGCAACUUGUGUUCCCUGUCUCUGUGUGUCAGUGAGGAGGUGAUCACUGUGUUUCUGUACAGCCUACAGUCAAACUGGAGAUGCACACACACACACUUCUGUUCUGGAAAUAAAAUGAUUUCAU